CAAGCGGAGGCUGCUGGAAACUUCGUCACACAGAAUCUUCUCAUAUCUACCCAUGACGGUUACGUCUCUAGGGCGCUGCAUUAAGUAAGUGAAGAAAAAUAUUUUUCUUUUGUGUGUCAUUACUUUUAUCACAUGGGAAUUCUGUAAUAAAUGUAUCAUUAUUCUUACUGUACUGUAUUCACGAGUUCACCUAUGCAGACAACGGUUAGCAGAAGUGUAAAAGGUAUACGCGUUUGAGGUGCUGUCCAGGGAGCGGGCUCCGCUAGGGUGAGCGUCUGCUAAAUGACUAAAUGUAAAUGACUAAAUGUCCCGAUUUCGGAAACGGCCCGAACCCAGAGCAAACCCCCUGGAUUCUGCUAACGGAGGGAGUUCGGGGAAGAAGCCGGGGAGUUGUUGAAAACCGUAGAGAUGACGCAGGAAAUGCUGCAAUCGGUUUGUCUGAGGGGACUUCUCCUGUUGUUGGUGGGAAAACAUGUGUGCACACAGGAGCAAUGCUUAAAAGCUUCUGUUAAAUCAUGUGGAGACUGCAUCAUAUCUGGACCUGGCUGUGCCUGGUGUAAAGAUUUGAAUUUCAACAAGCCUGGAGAGCAGGAAGCAGUACGUUGCGACACUGUUGCUGUGCUGACAGAUAAAGGGUGCUCAGCUAUAAUAGACCCCCAGAAUAAAUUAAACAAAAUUUCAAUCAAGCCCCUGACGAAUGGCUCUCAUCCAGUACAAAUCACUCCACAAGAAAUAGAGCUGAAUCUUAGACCAGGGAAACCCCACACAUUUACAGUAACUUUUAAAAGAGCUGAAGGCUAUCCUGUGGACCUUUACUACCUGAUGGAUCUCUCCUACUCUAUGAAAGAUGAUCUGGAGAAUGUUAAAAAGCUGGGAUCAGAUUUACUCAAUGAGCUUAAGAGAAAGACUGGCAAUGCCAGAAUAGGCUUUGGUGCAUUUGUCGACAAGACUUUGCUUCCAUUCACGGACACCAACGAAGUGAAGCUCCAAAGACCUUGUCCUGACAAAAAUGAACCAUGUCAACCAGCCUUUGGCUUUGAGCACGUACUUUCUCUGACUGCCGAUGGAAAGAAAUUCAAAAAAAUGGUAGCCAAGCAGCACAUAUCUGGAAACCUGGACGCACCAGAGGGAAGUCUGGACGCCAUCAUGCAAGCUGCAGUCUGCAUGAAAGAGAUCGGCUGGGGAAACAGCACUCGGCUGCUGGUGCUGGCCACAGAUGAUGGCUUCCACAUGGCAGGGGACGGUAAACUCGCCGCCAUUCUGGAACCAAACCAAGGAACUUGUCAGCUGGUCAACAACAAGUACAGCAAGAGCAACUUCUGGGAUUACCCAUCUGUUGGUCAGAUAGCUCGGAAGCUAGAGGAGCAAAAUAUACAACCAAUUUUUGCCGUCACCAAGAAAAUGGAAAGUGUGUACGAAAGCCUCAGUCAACUGAUCCCCAAGUCAGCUGUUGGAGUGCUUUCUGACGACUCGAGCAAUGUGGUUAAUCUGAUUGUGGAUGCAUACAAUAACUUAACCUCUGAAGUGAUUAUGGCCCAUGAUUUCCUCCCAAACCACAUAUCUAUUAAAUAUGCAUCAGACUGUAAAGAUGGAGAAAUGUUCAGUGACAGGGGGAGAUGUGCUAAUGUGGCUAUUGGACAAACGGUGGCUUUUGAUGUUACAGUGACAGCAGAGAAAUGCAUUAAAAACCAGACGUUCAACAUUGGGCCCUUGGGCUUUGGUGAAAAACUAAAGGUGACUGUUUCCACUCGAUGUGAGUGCGAGUGUGACGAUACAAAUAAACCUCAUCCUCACUGCGGGGGUAGUGGAGUAGUGGUCUGUGGUGGCUGCAGGUGUAACCAGGGUUUCAUAGGGGGGCAUUGUGAGUGCCAGAUAGGCCAAAAAGACGAAGCCUCAUUGAGAGCUCAGUGCAAGAAAGACAACGGGACGGAGUGCGAGGGAAAAGGAGACUGUGUGUGCGGGCGCUGCCAAUGUCACAUCACAGAGGGCAACAGUCAAUACUACGGCGAAUUCUGUGAUUGUGACGAUGAGCACUGUGAAAACUUUAACAAUACACAGUGUGGAGGUCAUGGCCAAUGCAAAUGUGGUAAAUGUAAGUGUCACGAAGGCUAUGAGGGAACGGCGUGUCACUGUGCAAUAUCUGAUGUAGCCUGCAAGACACAAGGAACCGUGUGUCACAACCGUGGCACGUGUGUAUGUAACCAGUGCGAAUGCCUAAGGGAAUACAAGAGGCCCUACUGCAAAGAAUGUCCUACAUGUCAAGCCCCCUGUCAACAAUCAGCGAGUUGUGUUGAAUGUUUGGCCUUUGAAAGCGGUCCGUUCAAGAAGAACUGCUCAGAAGCAUGCAAUCACCUUAAACUCAGCAUUAGUGAAAAACUGGCCAAGAGCGACUGUCGCGUCAAAGAUGCAGAAGGGUGCUGGAUGACAUUUACAAUGACUGAGCAAGAUGGAUUUGACAAGUACUUGGUCAAUGUCCUAAAAAGCAGAGAUUGUCCCAAAGGGCCAAACAUAGCGGCCAUCGUAGGAGGAUCUCUGGCAGGUGGAGCUCUGAUUGGUCUCUUGAUCCUACUCAUUGUCAAGGCAUGCCUUCAUGCAAGGGACCUAAGAGAUUGGAGAAGAUUCGAAGAAGACAGGAAACUUGAAAAAUUCUCCGGUAUCAAUCCAAUAUUCCAGAACGCAACCAUAAUUCAAAAUCCAACAUUUUCUGAAGAUUCUUGAGGAAACUUCAUGUCACAGAAAGGAUGUGUACAUUUAAUCUAUGGAUUUGAUCCUGCAAUAAUAUUGCUCUACCUUUUAAUGACCAAAGAGAUUUGUUUGUAAAAUGUGGUUCUAGCACACUUUAUAUAAAAUCAAUUUCACCAAUUCUUAAAUGUAAACACUUACUAAUGAUAAACAUGGGUUGGCUUCUCCCAUUAUUAACUCAAAGCAGUAACCUUUAGUGUUCGCUUAGCUUUUCAUUCCCUAUUCAGUCUCUUUAUUGGCCCUUAAUUGUUCUUAAAUUCCAUUUACUGUGCAUUAUAUUGGAGUCUUUGCUCGUGGAAGUUUCACGAUUUACUGUAAAUGAAGGUCACAUCAUCACGCAGUGGAAACCUGUUGACAUUCUGAAAUAACAGAGCUUUCUGCUAGCACAAAGACACAUUGAAACUGUACAUCAGAGGUUCUCAAACUUUUAAAAAUUCAUGUCACAAAAUGUAUCUAAAACUUAGAAUCUCAAACUUAAAAUGUGAAAACACUUUAAAAUCAUCCAAUGAUGAAACAUCAUUUCUGUUUGUUUGAUUGCACAGAAGUUAUGCUAAAUUCUGUAUUUUAUAGAAAAAGUGGUCUUUCCUGGCGCCAUAGGGCUGUAUCCCCCAAUUUGAGAACCACUGCUAUAAAUAUUAUACAUGAAGAUUAUAAAUGAAUGAACACAAGUUUAUUUUUUGUAACACUACAAUUAUGUUACAUCUGUUAAAGUUAGUUUAAGGAACCGUUCACCCAAAAGUGAAAAUUCUGUCUUAAUUUACUCACCCUCAAACAGACUGGACGCCAGCCCGGUGAUCCAACAGUGUCCAGUCUGAACGACUCUGCGUAAAACUAAUGCAGUUUUAACACAGCAAGACUGACCUACCAUAGUUAUAUUCUCUAAUCACACCAGAAAAACAAAAUACUGCAUUGAACGCACUAGCAGCAGCCAUCCUCCCAAGAUGGUGCAACAUUCAACGGCGUGAUGUUGAUUUACAAGCUCUUUAGGCCUACUGUACUGCACGCACUUUAAUGGUUCGCUAUUUUAAAAUUUAUAAGAAAAAUAAAAAACCUCUCGUGAGUAAUGGAUAUCAGCAAACCUGAGGGGUUAAAGCUGUGGGAUUCCCUCCCUGACCUUCAACACAAGGAUAUAUUAUUACAUCUGAAACAAACUGCUCCUGAGUCCUGACAAACAUUACACAGCAGUCAUACAAAGCAGGGUGUUU